ACUUUUAUUGUGAAAAGCCUUAGCGGAUAUCAGAAACGCCGCUGCAGACUGACGGUAACGGCUCCACGGCUGCCCUUGACUGUCACUGACCCACGUGAGUGCACUCAGUUACAAGUUAGUGUGAUGCUAACUUAGCCAAACUAACCGGCGACAUAAGAGAAACCCGACCUCAGACAGUCCGGGUGUCCGCUCAGUAAAACACACUGUGAUUGACCUGACUUCCGGCUCGGUUCGGCUACGAUGUCCUGCGGCGGUAAAUCUCUGUGGUUUGUACUGCGGCGGUGUGUCGCAGUCAGACAGCUGACGGUGCCGACUGCGUCGGGCAGGUGUGGGUUUACUCAGCAGCGAGCUUGGACCUCGGCGGCCCGGACAGCCUGUGUGCGGAGGCUGUGUGAGCUGCAGCCCGCAGUGAGAAGCAGCCAGAGCGGCUUCUGUACGAAGACAGGAGGAACCUGUGAGGAUGAAUACCCACCGCUGCCGGCCUAUCAGCCUGAGUCAGAACCAGAGGCCAAGGAGGUGUACAUCGUGCAGGUCAAAGGUCUCCCCUGGUCCUGCAAAGCUCAGGACCUCCUGCAGUUUUUCUCAGACUGCAGGAUACGCGACGGGGUGAAAGGCAUCCACCUGACUGCGGACAGGCUGGGGAGGCCAUCAGGACGAGCCUUCAUCGAGAUGGAGCACGAGGAGGAUGUCAGCAAAGCUCUGGAGAAGCACCGGCAGUACCUCGGCCCACGGUUCGUUGAAGUGUACGAAGUGACGAACGGCGAUGCUGAAGCCAUCCUGAGGAAAGCCACGCAGCCUCCAGCAGCUGAUGGGGUGGUGCUGCUCAGAGGGCUCCCCUUCACCUGCACCGAGGUUGACAUUGUCCACUUUUUUUCAGGUUUGGAGAUAAUGGAGAAUGGGAUCACCAUGGUCACAGACUCCAGGGGAAGAAAGUCUGGGGAGGCUUUUGUGCAGUUCACGUCUCAGGAAGCAGCUGAUGAAGCGCUGCAGAGAGACCGAGAGAUCAUAGGGAACAGAUACGUCGAGGUGUUUCCCAGCAGAAGUGAUGACAUUCACUCGACCAGGAGGAGGAGGACAAGUCCGUUUUCAUCUCAGACCAGUUCCCAGUCAGUGAGCAGGAGGAGCGCUCACCCUCAGAGCUCCACCGUCCCGCUGCACUACGUCCACGUGAGAGGACUUCCCUUCCAGGUUUCUGGAGAGGACAUAGUGAAGUUCUUCUCUCCUCUGGUCGUAUCUAAGAUCCUGAUCGAAUGCGGUCCAGACGGAAGGCCGAGCGGAGAGGCCGACGUUUACUUCAGCUGCCACAGAGACGCUGUGGCCGCCAUGUCCAGAGACAGAAUGAACAUGGGCCAUCGAUACAUCGAGUUAUUUCUCAACUCUGUACCAGACUGUGAUGAAAGGUGAACGUGGACACGCGGACGCCAAACACACACACGGGAUUCUGCUAUUUAUUUUCCAGCCCGACAUGGACAUCAAAUAAUAAACAUUCCUGGUGUCACAAACAAAGCUGCCUUUAUUUAAUCAAAUGGAUUCUAUUAAUGCUCAUUUUAGGCAAGAUUUUUAACUGUUUGUCCUCUGAACCGCUUUUCCAGCUCAGGUCCACAGGAUCGAUACAUUAAUGUGCAAAUUCUGUCUGAGAAAACUUCUGCUUUAAACGAAACAGGAAGAAUAUUCAGAGAAAAUGAGUUUGUGGAUUUAAACCAUUUUUCAUGCACAGUAAGAACAGUAUGGAUGUUUCUGCUGAGGCUGCAGGCCCUCUUAGAUUAGUUUGAUUUUCUUGGUUGGCCCCACUCUUACAUGUAUUUAUACAGCCUGUAUCCACAGAAGCUCUGCAAUCUCAAAUGUGGUUUUAAUUUGCUGAACCAAUA